UCCUGUUAAUGACUGGUUAUUAAACAUUAUCCACACUAAUACCGGCAAUAUAAAUGUGGGGAUAAAAAUGAACCUCUGUUUACCCAAUGCAUUGUUUGCCUAGCAUUGAGCUGAACUUAGUCUAUGUUGUCUAUGGCAAGUUAUCGAUAGCGACCAUAAACUAUUAUCGUAGUAUAUUCAGGGUAGCUCAUUUGCUAUUGAUACUAGCUUUUUUUUUUUUUUUUUUUGUUACUUGGUUUGUCUUGAAUAUUGGAGAAUAAAGGUGGGCUAUCUAGCAAAAGCCAUGGAAAUAAAUGUCACCAAAUUAACAUUAUAUGUUUCACUGUGUUUGUAGAAUUGCUGAAAAUGGCAGGCGUCUUCUCCAGGAUUAUGUCCUCCAGGACAAACAUUAUGUCUGUGAUAGGAGUAGGAACCGUUGCAACAGGCUUACUGUUGAACCAGUAUCAAGUCAAUGCAGGCUCUGAAGUCAGAAAACUCUAUCCUCCCAGUUCAGAGUACCCUGACUUGCGAAAACAUCAGAAUUGCAUGGCCACUUACCUCACACCGGCCAUGUAUGCCAAACUAUGUGACAAAAGAACCCCCCAUGGCUACACUCUUGAUCAGAUCAUCCAAACUGGAGUCGACAACCCUGGACAUCCUUUUAUCAAGACAGUGGGCUGUGUAGCAGGAGAUGAGGAGUCAUACGAGGUAUUUGCUGACCUGUUUGAUCCUGUGAUCAAGGAGAGGCAUAAUGGUUACGACCCACAGACAAUGACACACACCACAGAUCUGGAUGCAAGCAAGAUCCGCUCGGGCAUGUUCGACGAGCGCUAUGUGUUGUCAUCCCGUGUGAGGACAGGCCGCAGCAUCCGGGGCCUGAGCUUGCCCCCCGCCUGCACCCGGGCCGAGCGACGCGAGGUGGAGAGGGUGGUGGCGGACGCCCUCAACGGCCUGAAAGGGGAGCUGCUCGGCCAGUACUUCAGCCUCACCAGCAUGACUGAUAAGGAGCAGCAGCAGCUCAUUGACGAUCACUUCCUGUUUGAUAAGCCAAUCUCACCUCUGCUGACGUGCGCUGGGAUGGCUCGUGAUUGGCCAGACGCAAGAGGCAUCUGGCACAAUCAUCAGAAGACCUUCCUUGUGUGGGUCAAUGAGGAGGAUCACACCCGUGUCAUCUCCAUGGAGAAAGGAGGCAACAUAAAGAGAGUGUUUGAGCGCUUCUGCCGAGGCCUGAUAGAGGUGGAGAAGCUAAUCAAGGAGAAAGGCUGGGAGUUCAUGUGGAACAAGAGGCUGGGCUACAUCCUCACCUGCCCAUCCAACCUGGGCACUGGACUCAGGGCUGGCGUGCACGUCAAACUGCCAAACAUGGCUAAGGACGCACGACUCGACCAGAUCCUGGAUAACUUGAGACUGCAGAAGAGAGGCAUGGGUGGCGUGGACAGCGCUACCACGGGAACCACCUUGGACAUCUCUAACCUGGACCGGUUGGGCAAAUCCGAGGUUCAGCUGGUGCAGAGUGUGAUUGAUGGAGUGCAGUUCUUGAUUGAGUGUGAGAAGAGGCUGGAGAAAGGACAGAAAAUUGUAAUCCCCCCCCCCAGCAAAUAGAACACAAGCAGUACUCGUGCUACCCUAAGCAGCCUUUGUCAAAAGCAUCCUAAGUGUACAUAAACAAACCCAUGCUAAUCCUCUCAAUUGAAAUUCAUGUUGUUGCACCCCUAAAUAUUAGCAACAAAGCAAAAACAUCUCCCACUUAUUUCACCAGAGCAAAAUGACAAGGUUGUUGAAAAGAGCAUGUCAAUGUUUAAUUACAAAUGUAAGAAUUCAAUAAACAGCAGUGAAUAAA